GCCGACUGAAGCCACGCUUGGCCUUGGAGAAAUCCCCGGGUCUAGAGUUCGGCGAAGUAUUUUAUUUCUUCUUGCUUUUAAAUCAAGUUAGACGUUCUCCUCAAUCCUUCUCUCCUUCUAUUUUUUUGAUCUGCAAGCCCGGUUGUGCCGUUCAAUUGAGUGAGACCCCUCAGCUUCUCUUUAGACAAUCAUGUUUCUUCAGCGAGGAUCAAGAGUGCUGCGGCGGCAGUGGGGGGCUUCCAAGGCCAUGGGCAAGAUGGCCAUGGGAAGGGGAAACACAGCGCCUGCGGCGGCUUCCCCGCGGUGGUUUUCAGAGUCGAGGAGACUGUAUGCCGUGAAGCCGGUGCUGCUGGCUGAUAUUGGCGAAGGCAUUGUCGAGUGUGAGGUCAUCCAGUGGUUCGUCGAGCCCGGCGCGCACGUCGAGGAAUUCUCUCCCCUCUGCGAGGUUCAGAGCGACAAGGCGUCUGUGGAAAUCACAAGCCGCUUCUCCGGCGUCGUCAAGAAGCUAUACUACGAGACGGGCGAGAUGGCCAAGGUGGGGAAGCCGUUUGUCGACAUCGAUAUUGAUGGAGGCGCCGAAGACGCCGGAGCUCCGCAGGCGGCUGAGCCGAGCAAGGAUGCUUCAGCACCCGCUCCUGAGCCGUCCAGGUCAGAACAGACUGUGAUUGAUACGCCGGCACAGGGUGGCAGCCAAGGGCCCAAGCCGAAAGGCAAGGCGGCAGGACUAGCAACACCUGCAGUCCGGCAUCUGUCCAAGGAGUUGAAUAUUGAUAUCCUCGAUAUCGACGGCACAGGCAAGGACGGCAGAGUCUUGAAGGAAGACAUCUACAAGUUUGUACAGCAGAGAGAUGCCAGCGCGAGCGCGCCGGCGUCUUCACAAUCUGCAUCCGCACUGCCGCAACAGCCGGCAUCAUCACAACAGCCGUUUGGCCUGGCCCCGUUACCAAACGGCCAGCCUACGGUGCAGACGGAAACAAGAGUCCAGCUCACCAACACCCAGCAGCAGAUGUUCAAGACCAUGACGCGGUCACUAAACAUCCCCCACUUCCUCUACUCAGACGAGGUCGACUUCACAGACCUCGUCAACCUCCGCUCCCGCCUCAACAAGGUCCUCUCCCAGACCCCCGCGGCCCCCGGCCAGGCCGCCAAGCUCUCCUACCUCCCCUUCAUCAUCAAGGCCGUCUCCAUGGCCCUCUACCAAUUCCCCAUCCUCAACUCGCGCGUCGAGAUCGACCCCGCCACCAACAAGCCCUCCCUCAUCAUGCGCUCACAGCACAACAUCGGCGUGGCCAUGGACACCCCCCAGGGUCUGCUCGUCCCCGUCAUCAAGGACGUCGGCUCGCGGAACAUCCUCUCCAUCGCCUCCGAGCUCACGCGCCUGCAGAACCUCGCCGUCCAGGGUAAGCUCACGCCUAACGACUUCUCUGGCGGCACCAUCACCGUGUCCAACAUUGGCAACAUUGGCGGCACGUACCUCAGCCCCGUCAUUGUCGAGCGCGAGGUGGCCAUCCUGGGCAUCGGCCGCAUGCGCGCCGUGCCGGCCUUUGACGAGAACGACAAUGUGGUCAAGAAGCACGUAACCAAUUUCUCAUGGAGCGCCGAUCACCGCGUUGUCGACGGAGCUACCAUGGCUCGUGCCGCAGAGGUGAUUCGCCGUGUUGUUGAGGAGCCAGACGUCAUGGUCAUGCAUCUUAGGUAAAUAUGAAUCUGGAGUAAAGGAAUGAACGAUAGAGAGAGAGAGAGAGAGACGUGUAAAGAUUUAGAUUAUGUUACGAUACAUGCCGAGACCUAGUGUUAGGCUUUCAUUUUACUCCUGUGUUAGAGUAUCUUUUUGUUAGAUAUACUCUUUUUUUUGGUAUCUACGUAUUUACUAAAUUUGAUGAAUAUAAAAAUUAAAAAGUCAAGCUCAUCCCCCCGUCGGUGUGUUGUAGAUCUAUCUCCAAAGUACAAGUAUCCCACCUCUUACACACCCAAAAUGUACUAUACAACGCAACCACACAACCAGCGAGUACAGUACAUCUCUUAAUGCACACGCCCAUCCCAUCCCUUCCAAAAACCCUCACACGUUCGCAGCAAGCCAAAUAGCAUACAUAUCCCCCCCCCAGACGCAGCAUGACGCCAUACGCCCUUUUUCUUCUCCCCCCUCAAAAAUAAAAAAAAGAACAAAACCCACAUCCGCAUCCCGCUAUCCGAAAAUCU